UAGUCUAAGCCAUAUAUGCAGUAAAAUUCAAUCUCCCACGUAUUAGAAGACCACAUCGGAACCAGGAGGGGCAAAAAAGAAUGGGUUCGGCGUCAGCUCUCAAAGAGCUUCAGAGAGACCUGGAAACUAAAGCUAACGAUCUAAGCAAAAUCCAAAAAGAUAUCGCAAAGAAUCACCAAGUGAGAAAGAAGUACACUAUUCAGCUUGGAGAGAACGAGCUCGUCCUCAAGGAGUUGGAUCUGCUGCAGGAAGAUGCAAAUGUGUACAAGUUGAUCGGUCCAGUGCUCGUGAAACAAGAUUUGGCAGAGGCCAAUGCAAAUGUGCGCAAGAGAAUUGAGUACAUCUCUGCUGAAUUGAAGCGGCUUGAUGCAACUCUUCAAGACUUGGAAGAGAAGCAAAGUAGCAAAAAAGAGACGAUCCUAAAGUUACAACAGAGGUUUCAGUCUCUCCAGGCUGGAAAAGCCAAGGCGUAACUUGCCUUCCUAGUUUUUCUUUGUCAGAUAAUAUUUUCUAUCAACUUUUUUGAGGCUGAUUGUGUUAACUGUCUUCUUCUUUCAGCAUGUAGUAUCUUUGUCCUUGUUUGUAUCUUGUGCCAAAGUUACCAUGACAAACUAUCAUUCACAUUCUAGGUAUUGUGGGAUUUUAGAUUUGAAUGCUAAAUAUCGGUUUCUUUUGUCUGUAA